CCGGAAGUCCUCCUAACAUUUCCGGUAGAGCUUUUAAAUUCCGGCCUUGGAGACCUGGAUCCGAGUCUUUCCUAGAGUGUUCUCUGUAUAACUUCGACCAGGAUGCGGAGCGGGUUUCUGAGCGGUGCCCGGCGCCUGUGGGCACGCCGCGCCAUCAGCCGCACGCCGCCGCCUUCCGAGGAGCUCCUCGCCCGCGGCGGGCUCCUGCGGGCCUUCCUCGAGCGCCGCGUGGGCUCGGAGGCCGGCGGUCUGGACGCUGGGAGCCCCCAGCUGGCCGCGGCGGCCCGGCUGCUGAGCGAGAAGGAGCGGGAACUGCGGGACACGGAGUCCUUGCUGCACGAUGAGAAUGAAGAUUUAAAGAAACUUGCAGCAACUGAAAUAGCUUUGUGUCAGAAAGAAAUAACUGAGCUGAAGCAUCAGAUCAUCUCACUUCUGGUUCCUUCAGAAGAAAUGGAUGGGAGUGACCUGAUCCUGGAGGUGACUGCGGGUGUGGGUGGUCAGGAAGCCAUGCUUUUCACUUCUGAGAUGUUUGACAUGUACCAGCAGUAUGCUGCAUUUAAAAGAUGGCAUUUUGAAACACUGGAAUAUUUCCCAAGUGAAGUAGGUGGCCUUAGACAUGCAUCAGCCAGCAUUGGCGGUCCAGAAGCCUAUAGACACAUGAAGUUUGAAGGAGGAGUGCACAGAGUACAGAGAGUACCAAAGACAGAGAAGCAAAGCCGCAUCCACACUAGCACCAUGACAGUGGCGAUUCUGCCCCAGCCUACUGAGAUUAAACUGGUGAUUAAUCCUAAAGAUCUGAGAAUUGAUACUAAGAGAGCGAGUGGAGCUGGAGGUCAGCACGUAAACACCACAGACAGUGCUGUUCGGAUAGUCCAUCUUCCUACAGGCAUUGUUUCCGAAUGCCAGCAAGAGAGAUCUCAGCUGAAGAACAAGGAGCUGGCUAUGAAAAAGUUACGGGCAAGGUUAUACAGCAUGCAUCUAGAGGAAGAAACUACUAAGAGAUACAAUGCUCGAAAAAUCCAGGUUGGAACUAAAGGAAGAUCAGAGAAAAUAAGAACAUACAACUUUCCACAGAAUAGAGUCACAGAUCACAGAAUAAACAAAUCACUACAUGACCUUGAGAGCUUCAUGCAAGGAGACUGUCUUCUGGACGACCUGAUACAGUCACUGAAGGACUAUUCGGAUUAUGAAUCUCUAGUAGAAUUGAUUUCCAGAAAAGACUAAGCUUCUUUGUAAAGAUAUAUUUUUUUUUUAUAUAGACUAAGAAAAUUCUAGUGCAAAUCCAUUGUGUGCAAAUAUUUAACCAGUAUUCUCUUGAGGAAUGUAAUUUAACAGUUUCUUGGACAAUUCUCUAUAAAAAAUUAGACACAAAGAAAGACAA